AUGCCCCAGGCCUCUGAGCACCGCCUGGGCCGGACCCGAGAGCCAUCUGUCAAUGUCCAGCCCCGAGUGGGAUCCAAACUACCAUUUGCCCCCCGGGCUCGCAGUAAAGAGCGUCGAAACCCAGCCCCUGGGCCGAACCCCAUGUUACGGCCUCUGCCUCCCCGGCCAGGUCCACCUGAGGAACGGCUCAAGAAACUGGAGCUGGGACGGACACGGACCUCAGGCCCUCGUCCCAGAGGCCCCCUUCGGGCAGAUCAUGGAGUUCCCCUGCCUGGCUCCCCACCCCCGGCUGUGGCUCUGCCUCUCCCAAACAGGACCAGCCUGACCCGGGCCAAGUCUGUGAGCAGCGGGGACUUGCGUCCAGUGGGGGUCGCCUUGGGAGGGCAUCGGGGCGCGGGAGAGCUAGGGGCUGCCUUGAGCCGCUUGGCGCUCCGGCCUGAGCCACCCACUUUGAGACGCAGCACCUCUCUCCGCCGCCUCGGGGGCUUUCCUGGGCCCCCCACCUUGCUCAGCAUACGGACAGAGCCCCCUACCUCCCAUGGCACUUUCCGCGUGAUAUCUGCCCGGCCCUCCAAGCCUUUCUACUCCGAUGACAAGAUGGCUCAUCACACACUGCUUCUGGGCUCUGGUCAUGUUGGCCUCCGAAAUCUGGGGAACACGUGCUUCCUGAACGCCGUGCUGCAGUGCUUGAGCAGCACUCGGCCUCUGCGGGACUUCUGCCUGCGAAGGGACUUCCGGCAAGAGGUGCCUGGAGGGGGCCGAGCCCAAGAGCUCACUGAAGCCUUUGCAGAUGUGAUUGGGGCCCUGUGGCACCCUGACUCUUGUGAAGCAGUAAAUCCUACUCGAUUCCGAGCUGUCUUCCAGAAAUACGUGCCCUCCUUCUCUGGAUACAGCCAGCAGGAUGCCCAGGAGUUUCUGAAGCUCCUCAUGGAGCGGCUACACCUUGAAAUCAACCGACGGGGCCGCCGGGCUCCCCCAAUCCUGGCCAGUAGUCCGGCUCCCUCUCCACCCCUCUGUGGAGGGGCUCUGCUAGAAGAACCUGACUUAAGUGACAAUGACCGGGCCAACCUAAUGUGGAAGCGUUACCUGGAGCGAGAGGACAGCAAGAUUGUGGACCUGUUUGUGGGCCAAUUGAAAAGUUGUCUCAAGUGCCAGGCCUGUGGGUAUCGCUCCACGACCUUCGAGGUUUUUUGUGACCUGUCCCUGCCCAUCCCUAAGAAAGGAUUUGCUGGGGGCAAAGUGUCUCUGCGGGACUGCUUCAACCUCUUCACCAAGGAAGAAGAGCUAGAGUCGGAAAAUGCCCCAGUGUGUGACCGAUGUCAGCAGAAAACCCGAAGUACCAAAAAGUUGACAGUACAGAGAUUCCCCCGAAUCCUCGUACUUCAUCUGAAUCGCUUUUCCGCCUCCCGAGGCUCCAUCAAGAAAAGCUCCGUGGGUGUGGACUUCCCGCUGCAGCGCCUGAGCCUGGGGGACUUUGCCAGCGACCAAGCCGGAAGCCCCGUCUACCAGCUGUACGCCCUGUGCAACCACUCGGGCAGCGUCCACUACGGCCACUACACCGCCCUGUGCCGCUGCCAGACGGGCUGGCACGUCUACAACGACUCUCGGGUCUCUCCGGUCAGCGAGAACCAGGUGGCGUCCAGCGAGGGCUACGUGCUCUUCUACCAGCUGGCGCCGGAGCCGCCCCGCUGCCUGUGA